CGGGCAUCGGGCUAAACGGGUACGGGUUCGGGUUUUUUGGGUAACGGGCUUCGGGCUCGGGUUUUAUGCCCAGUCCUAGUCUGCAGCCAGUAGCACGAGCACCGGAGCACGAGAUUGUUUUCUCCAAUGGCGGAGCCGCGGAGCAGUGGAGCAAGACCGAGCGGCCGGCCAACGCCCAAUGGGCCAAGCAGGAAGGAGAGGCAGGAGCCAGAGACGGAGGCCACCGCGGCCGCGGACGGACAAGCAGGCGGUCGGCCGGCCAGGUGAGGAGCGUGCUGCGGCGGCUGUGCUGCGCGUGCCUGUUGUUGGACUGAAUACCUAGGUUUUGCUCUUUACUGGGCCGAUUUAAGGUAUGGCGCGGGCCAUACUUGGCCAUAACGGGCCCUCCGCCCCUGUCCCUCCCUCCUCCAGUCCUCCGGAUCAGGCCGUCAACGAACGAGGACAGCAGUCAGCAGCACUCUCACAUCCAACGGCCCAGAUGGCGAGCAAACACAAACCCAACGAAUCAAAUUCGACUACUUGGGCCGUGUUGGGCAAUAAAAGCCCAACUUAUCAAACCAGAGCGAGCCCACCAAGCAGCCGCCUUCUUCCUUUGCGGAGGCGGAAACCCGAAAACCCUUCCUCUUCCGCCGACCUCUCGACAGCAUUAGACGCAGGCGCCGCCGACUGCCGUGGAGAGCGCGAGGUAGCUACGGGUGCUAGGGUUUGGCUCGAGAUGGGGAAGGCAAAGAGCAAGGGCCCUAAAUUCGCGGCGGUGAAGAAGAUUAUCACCAAGAAAACCAUCAAUAAGUACAAGGAGGAUGUGCUGAACCACAAGAAGAAGGACGCGGACAAGGAGAAACUCGGCCGGAAUGUGCCGCAGGUUUCGUCGGCGUUGUUCUUCAGCUACAACACAGCAUUGGGGCCGCCGUAUCGGGUGAUUGUGGAUACCAACUUCAUCAAUUUCUCGAUACAGAAUAAGCUGGAUUUGGAGAAGGGAAUGAUGGAUUGCCUUUAUGCAAAAUGUACCCCAUGUAUCACGGACUGUGUUAUGGCUGAGCUUGAAAAGCUGGGGCAGAAGUAUCGUGUGGCCUUGAGAAUUGCCAAGGACCCUAGGUUCCAAAGAUUAGCAUGCACACACAAGGGAACCUAUGCUGAUGACUGCAUUGUGGAGAGGGUCACUCAGCACAAAUGCUACAUAGUUGCUACUUGUGAUAGAGAUUUGAAAAGGAGGAUAAGAAAGGUUCCUGGUGUUCCAAUCAUGUACAUCACAAGACAUAGGUAUUCGAUAGAACGGCUCCCUGAGGCCACAAUUGGUGGAGCACCAAGAAUCUGAUCGGUGCAGACAUGAGAUGUUCUGGGAUGUAAUACUAUGGCGGUACUUGUCCAUCUGACCAAGUCACUAUUUCAUGUUUCAGUCCACGACAAGGACUAGGAUAAGAACGCUGCUUUCUAGGUUGAGCUUACUGUAACUACUAAGAAAUUUUUAUUAUGUACCAACCUUAUCAUUUCUACAAUGUUGCGGGAUGUCUGAAGUAAUUCUUUGUUAAAAGAUCGGGUAUCCUGCUCCCUUUUGCUUCUCAA